CCGCCCGGUCCUCCCCACUGAACUCCAACCCCCGCGCUCUCUAUCAGCAUCUCAUUCCUGUCUCAAUAUGUCUCAAGAUGGCGGCCAAUGCAGGAUCGAUGUUUCAAUAUUGGAAGCGCUUUGACUUACAGCAACUACAGAAAGAACUCGAUGCCACCGCCACACAGCUUGCCAACAGACAGGACGAGAGUGAACAGUCCAGAAAGAAACUAAUCGACCUGAGCCGCGAGUUCAAGAAGAACACACCAGAGGACCUGCGGAAACAGGUUGCCCCUUUGCUCAAGAGCUUCCAAGGAGAGAUCGAUGCCCUGAGUAAGAGAAGUAAAGAAGCAGAGGCCGCCUUCUUAAACGUGUACAAGAAAAUCAUUGAUGUCCCAGAUCCUGUACCUGUGCUGGAGCUGGCUCAGCAGCUGCAGCUGAAGCUCCAGAGGAUGCACGACAUUGAGACAGAGAACACGAAACUUCGAGAGACACUGGAGGACUACAACAAAGAGUUUGCGGAGGUUAAAAACCAAGACGUGACGAUCAAAGCCUUGAAGGAGAAGAUCCGCGAGUACGAACAGUCACUAAAGAAUCAAGCAGAGAACCUGGCUCAAGAGAAGCAGCUCCAGUUACACAACGACUAUGCAGAGAAGGAGAGGAAACUCCAGGAGAGCCAAGACUCCAUGUCCUCAAGAUUAGAAGAGGCUGAACACAAGGCCCAGUCCCUACAGACCGCACUUGAAACAACUCAGGCGGAGCUUUUUGAUUUGAAGACAAAGUAUGACGAGGAAUCAACAGCCAAGGCCGACGAGAUUGAGAUGGUGAUGACAGAUCUGGAGAGAGCCAAUCAGCGAGCAGAAGCAGCUCAACGAGAGGCUGAGUCACUCAGGGAGCAGCUGUCCUUGAAAAACCUAUCCCAGCCACCCAGCAGUCCAUCCUCAGUGGAGGCCGACACGGAAAAGACAGCAGAGGCGGCAUCCCACUCAAGCUUGGAGGCGGAGCUCAGGGCAAAGGAAAGAGAAACUGCACAGCUGGUGGAGGACGUCCAGAGACUGCAGGCCAGCCUGACCAAACUCCGAGAGACCACCAGCACCCAGAUCAGCCAGCUGGAGCAGCAGCUAAGCAGCAAGACUGCUACCCUCAAGGAACUGGAGGAAAAGCUGCAGAAACAAGCAGACUAUGAGGAGGUGAAGAAGGAGUUGAGCAUCCUGAAGUCUAUGGAGUUUGGAACAUCAGAUUCAGUGCAGGAUUCCAGCAAACCCCUGGAGGUGCUGCUGCUGGAGAAGAACCGUAGUCUUCAGUCAGAGAGUGCUGCUCUGCGCAUUGCCAACACCGAGCUCAGCGGGCCAGCCGGACGAAAAGAGACAGAAGAGUCCACGACGAAGGAGGAGGCCAUGCCCAGCGACCCCUCUUCUUCACCCCCUCCUCCACCUCCCUCCCUCCCAUCCUCCUCUCAGCUGCCCCAGUCUCGCACUCUUACGGACUCCCACAACACUGCCACCACCACCAGCAAUGAAACGCAUCCUUUCAGUCCCACGGGUAUAGGGCAGGACUUCUACUCCCCAGUGUUCCCACUUGUGGGGGGCAAGAUGGCAUUGAACUCCUUGAUCCAGCGGCAAUUGCUACAGACCUUCUACUCCAAAGCCUUGCAGGAGUCGUCUGGAAUCCCCAGUGGCGCGUUGCUGUUUACCCCCUUCACACCUACACUCAGCUCCAUCCCUACCUCCACCCCUGGCUCUGGGACAGCUGCCAUCCCACUGGCAGCCAGCAGUCCACAACCUCCCCCUGCAAGUCCAGACAUGGCUCCUGUUAACGGAAGCAGCACCGCUGGCAGUGCCCCUUCUCCUUCACCGAGCCACUCUGAUACUACGACUGGGAGUGUUUUGGAUGGGGAGGACAUGGACACGGCCGAGAUUGCCCGGCAGGUGAAAGAGCAGCUUAUCAAGCACAACAUUGGUCAGCGUGUCUUCGGCCACUAUGUGCUGGGACUGUCCCAGGGUUCAGUCAGCGAGAUCCUGGCCAGACCAAAGCCAUGGAACAAGCUCACGAUCCGGGGGAAGGAGCCCUUCCACAAGAUGAGACAAUUCCUGGCGGAUGAGCAGAACAUCCUCGCACUGCGCAGUAUCCAGGGACGACAAAGAGAGGGCUCAGGCCAGCCCCAGCUUAGCCGAAUGUUUCAGGAUGUUCCGAAGCGGAGAGCCCACUCCAAUACAAGCUCACACACAGGUAAUAUCACUGCUAGAGUCCGCACCCCUGAGGCUGGUUCAGAUGAGGCCAUCAAGUCUAUUCUGGAGCAGGCCAAAAGAGAGCUGCAGGUGCAGAAAGCGGACUUGUCCCAUACCCAAGCCUCGUACACGGGACUGAAAGGAGGAGGUGGCGGUGGAUUGAGCGGUGGAGGGGGCAGCGGGUCAGAUGAGGCCAUCCGUUCCAUCCUUGAGCAAGCACGCAGGGAGAUGGAGGCCCAACAGGCAGCGCUGGAGCCCAUCCUUAAAGCUUCGUCUUCGUCUUCCUCUUCCACUUAUGCAUCAAUAUCUCAAAGGGACCCCUUAAGUUCAUCGCUCACUGCGCCACUCCCACCCUACAAUCCCCUGGCUCUGUCCCUGAAAAAAACCCCGUGCUCCAUGCUGUCCUCCCCCUCAUCACCAUCUCCAGUCCUGGAUUUCAGCUCCAGUGUGAAAAGAGAAGGCAGAUCUGCUUCAGGUAUCGACUUGUCAGCUGACGGAGCUCUCAGGCUUAGCCGGAGCUCUGAAGGUCCAGCCCGCUCUGGAAGUGCUGGAGUGGGCUAUUGGCGGGAGCAGUGGUGGAGCAGUAUGCAUACAGAUCCUCGCAGGGCUCUCUCGAAUCAGGCAGUGGAGGAAAACCAUAACCUGGAGGAUUCUAAAGAGGGAAUAUUGAGUGACAGUCUUUCUCGACACAAGCCAUGGAACAAGUUAAACCAGAGGAGCAGGGAGCCGUACCUCCGAAUGCAGCCGUGGUUGAAUGGAGAUCAAGGCCAGAACACACACAUCCAGCAACCUCAGAACCAAGAGGGUACACCGAAGACAUCAGCAAGCUGCAGCCCAGCUCCAGAAUCCCCCCUCAGUUCAGCAGAAGAGUCAGUCAAUGGGAUCGCAGGAGAUGCACUCUUAUCACAGUCCUCCAGCCACAAACCUCUGUCUGAAGACCCUUCAGGAGGCGAGUCUCAGCCUGGCACCCCUCUGCCCGUACCUGGUCACUCUGGCCUCAGCAUCCAGGAGAUGGUGGCCAUGUCACCUGAGCUCGAUACGUAUGCCAUCACCAAGAAGGUCAAGGAGGUUCUCACUGAUAACAAUCUUGGCCAACGUCUGUUUGGGGAGACGAUCCUGGGUUUGACUCAGGGUUCUGUCUCUGACCUGCUGGCCAGGCCCAAACCAUGGCACAAGCUGAGCCUGAAAGGCAGGGAGCCCUUCGUCCGCAUGCAGCUAUGGCUCCAAGACCCUCACAGCGUGGAGAAACUCAUGGACAUGAAACGCUUGGAGAAGAAAGCGUACAUGAAGAGGCGGCUGAGCUCAUUGAGCGAUGGACAUUCAGUGGAUGGAGGCUUAGUUGGGCAAGACUACCUCCAGGGUUCCCAGAGCCCAGGACAACAGCAGUUGAAGAAGCCAAGAGUUGUUUUGGGUCCAGAGGAGAAGGAGGCCCUGAAGAAAGCGUACCAACAGAAGCCGUAUCCCUCACCCAAAACUAUUGAGGAGCUGGCAUCUCAGCUCAACCUCAAGACCAGUACAGUCAUCAACUGGUUCCAUAAUUACAGAUCCCGCAUACGACGAGAACUCUUCAUCGAAGAGAUCCAGGCAGCUGGAGGGGCAGGCCCAGGGAGCGAUGGAGGCUCACCUUCCCUUCGUGGAUCGAAAUCUGGAGAGGGAGACAGCUGCGAUGGGACUGAGUCAGAAGGUACCAUGGAGAUCCGCCAAGGACUGAGCCUCGGCCUUGACGACCACAGAGGAGCGUGCAAAGACCACGACAUGGAGGCUGAUUCUGAGGCAGGGGGCUCUAAUAACUCCCCUUCUCAGAUAGACUGUAACCCUUCAAGCCUCGCCGGGCCAGGCUCCAGCUGUGGACAGGCCGGACUGGGGCUCUUCGGCCUCACAGAGGCUUCCUCCAGUAGCUCUGCCUCUAGUACUAACCUCCAAGCCUCUGGCCCCACCAGAAACCCCAGGGACAACAAUCUGCGCAAAAAGAAAGCAGCCAAUCUGAAUAAUAUCAUCCAUCGGCUGGAGAAGGCAGCCAGUAAAGAGGAUCCCUCAGAGUGGGAGUUCUAGCUCCCCCUGACCGUCCUUCACCCCUCUCGUCUCAUAACCUCACGACCUCUAACCUUGGACCCCUCCUGCUCUGUUCCAGAUGGAGAGUGGACACAGCCAAAGUCAAGCUCAGCAGCCAUUUAUUACAUAAAAGCUUUCCCGAAAGUGGGAGGUAACAAAGAGUGGUUGUCCAAAACCUUAAACGAAGUUUUACUGAAUACCUAGAAGAACAAAAUUAGAGAACUUGUAUCUCUGGUUUUUUUUAACUGAGUUUUUUUGUACUGAGAAAAGCACUUAGCCGUCCUGCUGGCCUCUGGCCCUGCUGUACCUCCCCAUAUCACCAGCCACUGGUGCACCAGACUGGUAAGUCCCAAGCCGCCUGUGGGUCUGACCCACAGCUGGGAUGGAAACCUGGACUCAGUAACACAGGCAAGGCCUGACACAGCAGCUGUCACAGUGAUAGACACUGAUAGAUGAUAGGUAGAGCCAGGAACUCUCUGACGAGAACUCUCACUUUCUUUAAGGAGAUAUUUUCCGCUCUUCUCACCUCCCAAGUGUCCACAAACCUCCCCUCACUCAGUGAGAUGCCUCAUUUUUCACACUGUAGAGUGACUGUUACAAACCCUUUGCCUUUUUCACUCACUGCGUGUGUGCGUUUUUUUUGUAUGUUAAGGGUUGUGUCAGUGUGCACCUGUACGCGCGUGUGUAUACACACUGAAAGCAGUGUGUGUUUGUGCAUUUGUUCUCUUCUCAGUGGCAGCAUGUUUUCGUUUUUAUCCCACUCCUACACUCUUAAGAGGGUAGUGGAAGGCCUGCAGGCUGAGCUGCCAUAGUUACUUAUGUAAGAAAGAUGAACUAUGACCUGUUGUGUCCCAUAUCCUGUCCUGCUGACAGCCAUAUAAUGGCCAGAAGGAUCUUUUAAUUCUUCACACACACACACACACACUCACACACUCAUCUGAAGAGGAAGGAAGAAAGGAAUCCUUUUGCCUCCUUAGACCUUUCUUUAAGGAUAAAGGAUGAUCUCUUUUUUGAUAUUGCAAUUUGGUUGCCAAUAAGAGAUUGCACAGUCUAUCGACUCUAAAGAGUACAAAAUAGGGAAUUUUAGGAAGCAUUUUUUUGACUAGUACAUGCUAAGAACAGAAGAUAAAAGAUCAAGCAGUUACUGUUAAAACAAAUUAGAAUGGACUCCUGUUGCGAACUAUGAUACGAUGAACUCACGUAGUACUGUAGCUGUCUGACAUGGUGAUACUUAACAUGUCUCUUGUUGCUUUGGGCAGUGGACUCGCACCGCUCUCACCAGCACCGGACCUGCUGGGUUUGUGUCUCUGCACCGCUGAAACAAUUCUUCUCUGUUCACAAACACACAUCUUUUUUAUAGGCCAAAUCAGGAAGAGUGUGUGUCUGUGCGCGCCUUGUGUGAAUUUGUAUCUGUCUGUAUGUAGGUCAGGGUCGAGGUCAAUUCACUCCGAUUAAAAAAAAAAACAACAAAAAAAAAUGAAAAAAAUGUGUAAAAGAACUGAACAAAUUCUACAAGUGUAGCCUGCAAGUUGAGUUUAAACGCCAUGAAAGUGAAUUCGCCCCAACCCUGGCGUGAGUUGUCGCCGCUCUCCUCCGGUUUGUCCUCUAUCCAGGGAUGUUUGUCUUUUUUUUUGCAUUGAAUUCUACUGUAACACUACAAAUUCUAAGGCAUAUCACCUCCUCCCUUUCCCACACAAGCCCUCAGUGCCUGUCAGCCCACUGCCUCCCCUCCGUGCGUAUGUUUGCGCGUGUUCAUGCACACGCAUGCCAGUCGUUACAUGCGUGUGCACAACCGUGUGUGUGUGUGACUGAGGAGUGUUCAGUGUUUCCAAUGGUUGGAGUCAUAUUUCGUAUCUAUAUAUCUUCUUGCACACACUACUAGUGCACAACUGACACCCUUCUUUUUAAGCUGGUUGAUGCGUUACCAUUAAUCUUCUCACAAUGUAGUGUAAUACUAUGAUUUACUGUAGUUUGGUUUUAUUGCUAUUUUGCAUUUAUAGUUUGGUUUUUAUUCUGCUUAUUUAUAGGUGCUGUAAUUUUCAUUUAAUGUCUUAUCAUUUGAGUUGUCUAUUUUUUAAGGGAUUAUACUGUUCCUGAGGGCAAGUAACAUUUUUAUUAGACGUAUAGACUGCCGGCAGUAUUGGUUAAUAUUUACAAAGAUGUACUAGUUCUCAUUUGUUUGUAUAUUCAUGAAUCCUAAACUUAUAGUGUCAUUUCAAUAGCUCUGAAAAAAACAACAUGUGUUUGCUACCGUUCAUGCCCCCGCAACAGUUUUGCUCUUCAACCUGCUAGCUAUCGAAUCAAAGGACAUAUCAAGGUCAGCAAAUCCCUUUUUCCUCUUUUCUUUUCUCCAAUGUCAUCCGCCGCUCUCUCUGUAGAUACAUCAGCGCAUUCGUCACUGAGCGAUCAGGUCCAAAUGUAUACGCUUUGUCAAGUAGGUCAAUGGAAAUAACCUAAACCUGAGAGUACGUGUUCACCUCAAGUAGGUCAUAUCUGCCAAAUUGAGAUUAGAGAAGUGUACCAGCGAGCGAGUGCGCUACGCCAGAUCGAACAGAGCCAGCCUAUGAUUAUGCAGAAUUUCUAUAGCAGUUCAUUUACAAAGCACUUAUUUGACUGAACCUGGGACAGGGUCUGUAAACACUAUGAGAACCGUGCGGCCUCCGGGCCACGUGCGGCGAUGCCUUCUUUUUGAAAAGUGGUUGCAAACCAAGCACAGACUCUUAACUGCAUCCUAACACUAAAAUUAAAGUAUCAAGAAAGAACUUUUUUUGUACACACAGAACUGCAAUCUUUACAAGAAGCCCCACAUUGGAAACUACUGAAGCGGAGAAGACAAAAAACAGCCACUGUCCUGUACAGUCGUAGUUACCAGUCGUUCCUGUCCCAAAAUAUCCCUCCCUGCCAGACAGUCAGACAAACCUUUUCUUAUGUAUCCUCUGAUUUCAGCUCUUUCCCGGAUGUGAAACAUCCACGAAGGUCUUCAUUUGGACUGAAAUAUGUUACGUUUAUGUAGUUACUGUAAAGUAUAAGCACUUAACCCGUCAUCCACACACCAUUCGAAUCAUCAGAUUUGUGCCUUUAACUGCCAAGCAGGGCACCAAACUAGUGAUGUCUUUAGAUGUAGACUGUGUCAUCUGAUGUUAGCGUUAACUCAGCAUUCUGAUCCAGAUUUAUCAUGUAGGGACUUGUCAGCGCUGGAGUGCGAGGAGUUAAAAAAAAAAAAAAAAAAAAAAAAAAAAAAGAGCUCUUGAUUUGUGAUCUUUGUCCCCCCUUCCCCUCGUUGUACAUAUUCUUCUAGCAACAAAAGGCCAGAGCGUUGAGUGAAGGAGGAAGGAAGCAUGCAGCAACAGCGUACACUGUAAUAACACUGAAUUUAUUCAUAGGGCAUUUUGUAUUUUUCUGUUUUGUGUCAGGUUUGCUGUGACAUUAAUAACGGCACUACAGGUAUUGAUAUGACGCGUGCCAACUCUGAUGGAUAUUUGGAAGAGAGACGUGUAAAUACAGUCGAUCAAGUAGCUAUCGAUUCACUCUUGACACAGUAUGCUUUUAUUUUAAAGGCAGGAGGAGAGAAGGGACGAUUCAGGACUUUUUUCCAUGAUCCACAGAUAUUUUUCUACAAAUUUAAAUCAGAUGAUUCUAUACACUGUUGAAUAACAUUGUAAAGGUGUAACAGAUGCUGUAUAUCAUAUCAUGUUUUUUCUGAAGUCGUAAAGCUUUACUGUAUGAUCUGUUGAAGUAGUGGUUGUUCAUUUGACAUUUGAGUUGUAAUGGAAGCCCAAACAGCAGCACUGGUCACCAUUUUCAGGAAAAAAAAAAUGAAAGAAAAGAAAAACCUCAGAUGUUUUUUGUAAUACUUUUAGAAUAUAUCUUAUGAAGUGGGUUUUGUAAGGAAACACUUUUGGAAACAGUGGUGCUGUCUGCAUUAGCACACUGUGUGAUACAUAUUACAGCACAAUACACUCACCCUCUCCCCCCGCACCUUCCCACGUGUGAUUUCUGUUGUCUCCAUCAUCUCUCACGUCGGCUGCAGCUCCGUCUAAGUCUUAAGCCGUUUCCUUUUUGCUUUCGACAUCCGGAGGGAACUCCGGAACAAUAAGACACAGAAAAGACUUCAAAAAAAAAAAAAGAGGAAGCAAAAAGCCAAAUAGUGACACCCAUCCUCACGAAAAGGUUGCAGUUUGUGUAUGUUGCUACCUUGUGUCGUCGCUUUUGUUCACCCAUAGCUUAAACCACAGUAGUCUGACAACCAAAUGACCCGGGGAGAUCCUCACCCCCCCGCUUUGGAAAGCUUUAAGAUGCUUGUUGAGGCUUUAGCGAGUUCAGAGUGUUUUUAGAUGAUUUUCCAAACUGUCAUCAAAGUAAUAAUUCUUAUUUCCCACUGCUUCUAUUCGAGUGUGAGUGCGUGUGUGUUGUAGUACAAACGGAUGCAUGACUGUUAAGGGAUGGUUACGCUGUUUUUCUCCCCCCCUCCUCCAAGCACUUCUGUCACUCCUGAGAUGCUUUUAAUUCUCUACUGGGGUCUCCCACCCGUUUGUUUUUCCUCAUGUAUCAUCGUUUCUUUAUCUUUCUAUUUACUAAACGUACCAUGUUGUUUGUUCUCAGCACUGUAAAACAGUCCCUUCUACAACAUUGAAAAGCAAUAUCACUGUAUGAAAUGUUCACAAUGUAUUUGUUAUGAUUGACAUUUGAUUCAUCAUCAUUAUUAUUCACAUGCACCCUAGGUGUGAUAAUUGAAGUAAAUCUCUUUUAUACAAA